AUACCAUGGAAUAUUCAUGACAAGUAAGAAAGAAGAUAACAAUGAGCAAAACCACAAAAUGAUGUGGAAUUUUACAUGAACAAGACAACUCAACAUACCUUCCCACAGGUCAAGCAAGCAAUCCACAUAUACACACACAUCAUCAUCACCAUUAUUCAUUACCACCACCUUUUACACACCAUCUUCCUUCUUCUUUUUCUCCUCUUUCUCUCUUCUUACACACAAACAAACUUCUCUCUCUCAACAUAAACACAUAAUUGAAUUACUCUACAACAAAAUUAUUAACUCACUUCAAUUCUGUUGGAAAUUUCUCAAUUCACUUCAUUUUUCACUUUCAAACCUCAAUUUAAUAAGCUUCUAUUUCCUUUUAAGAAAAGGAUAAAAAUUUCAAGUAAAUUAGGGUUUUGCUUCUUUUUCAAUUGAGCUCAACUCAAUUUUGGGCAUUUUCUGCUGGUUUUCUUAUCUUGUGUAAAGUUUGGUUUUUUCUGGAAUUGCGUCGUGGAAUUUCUUCAAGGUCAUGCAUCGAGCUGUUGUGGAUCCAUUGUUGUCGCCAAUUUUGAGUUCGGACUCUGUUUCUCGUAGAUCGGAGCCGGAAAAAGGGAGAUUUGGUGAUCUUAGAGGGUUGCAGUGGCGUAUAAAUCUUGGGGUUUUACCUUCUUCUUCUGCAGCUUCCAUUGAUGAUCUUCGUCGAGUUACUGCUGAUUGUAGAAGAAGGUAUGCCAGGUUGAGAAGGCACCUCCUUGUUGAACCACCUGUUCCAAAGAAUGGAACCAAUUCAUCGAAUCUUGAAAUGGACAAUCCACUUUCACAAAAUCCAGAUAGUACAUGGAGUCGCUUUUUCCGCAAUGCAGAGCUCGAGAGAUUGGUUGAUCAGGAUUUAUCACGUUUAUACCCAGAACAUGGCAGUUAUUUCCAAACACCAGGAUGCCAAGGCAUGUUGAGACGCAUUUUAUUGCUAUGGUGUCUCAAGAACCCAGAAUGUGGUUAUAGACAAGGAAUGCAUGAAUUACUUGCUCCUCUACUUUAUGUUCUCCAAGUUGAUUUGGAGCGUCUCUCAGAAGUUCGGAAGCUUUAUGAGGAUCACUUUACAGACAAAUUUGAUGGUCUUUUAUGUCAAGAGAAUGAUCUUACUUACAGCUUUGAUUUUAGGAAAUCUCCUGACAUGACGGAGGAUGAAAUUGGCUCCCACGGAAAUGCAAUGAAAGCCAAUAGUAUUGACGAACUUGAACCUGAGAUUCAGUCCAUUGUAUUACUAAGUGAUGCAUAUGGAGCUGAAGGUGAACUCGGCAUCGUGUUAUCAGAGAAAUUCAUGGAACAUGACGCAUACUGUAUGUUUGAUGCUUUAAUGAAGGGGGCCAAUGGUUCAGUUGCAAUGGCCGAUUUCUUUUCUUCCUCUCCUGUAGCUGGCUCCCAUACUGGCUUGCCUCCUGUGAUUGAAGCUUCUAUGGCAUUGUAUCAUUUGUUAUCUCUUGCUGAUUCUUCUCUUCAUAGCCAUCUUUUGGACCUUGGAGUUGAACCGCAGUACUUUUAUCUUCGAUGGUUGCGAGUUUUAUUUGGACGAGAAUUUUCACUUGACAGACUAUUAAUCAUUUGGGAUGAGAUCUUUGCAUCAGAUAACAGCAAAGUGGAAAAUAGUGCUGAUGACAACAUAGAUUACGGGUUCAGGAUCUUACAAUCACCUCGUGGAGCAUUUAUAUCGGCUAUUGCUGUAGCAAUGUUACUUUAUUUAAGAUCAUCUCUACUUGCAACUGAAAACCCUACAACCUGUCUCCAAAGACUACUAAACUUCCCCGAAAACAUUACCAUCGAAAAACUACUAGAGAAGGCUAAAUCCUUGCAGGAUCUUGCUUUAAGUAUUGAUAUUUCGUCCUCAUCGCUUUUGCUUGUAGAGUCUCAUUACCAAAGUAAAAUGACGUCUACGAGAUCCACGGUCCUUCCAUCUGAAUCUGUGUCUCCAAAAACUCCUCUGAAUUUCGUACCUGAUAGCUACUGGGAAGAAAAGUGGAGAGUUGCUCAAAAGGCCGAAGAACGUAAGAAAGAUGUUGUAGAAAAUCAGAUUCCAACUCGGAAGAAAGGAUGGACAGAAAAGAUUAAAAUACGUUUGCGAAGAACGGAAUCUGACCCGCCUCCAUCAAGGGUUCUAAGCGGACAAAGGGGAUCUAAGCCAUCGUUUAGGCGCAGUUUGUUAGAAGAUCUGCGUAAAGCACUUGGCGCUGAGGAAAACACAGAACAUGAGCAGCGUCAUGAUGAAAUCUUAAGCGAGCAGGAUAAUAUUUCUGAAGCAGUUGAAAUAGAACAACAAGAUAGUGGCUGUAACAGCGACAACAAUUCUGAUGAUAAAUGUCCAAGUGGAAAUUCUGGACAUGAGGAAGAUUCGUCUAUCUAUUCCGACUCCACUAGUCCUCCUAAUGAGGCCAAUGAUCAUGAAAUCGCCUCAGAAAAAAAUAGUGCUACAUCUUAUUUAUCCCUAGAUGAAUGUAAUGAAAUUUUAGAAACUAGUCCUAUUGAUCCACCCCUUCCGAUCUCUGAUCUACCUGUGAAUGUGCCUCCGACCUCAGUCAGCAAUAAUGAUGAUCAAGGAAAUAAUCAAUCCAAUGAAACUUCAGAUACCAGUCCCAGUGAUCCACCCUUACCAUUGCCAAUCCCUGAUCCUUCUCAGAACUUACCUCAGACAUCAGGGUGCAAUAAUGACGGUGAAGGAAAUUCAGCCACACAACCUAAAGAGAGAAAACAGAAUAAAUUACAGUGGUUUUGGAAAUUUGGACGGAACACCGUUGAGGCUAUCUCCGAGAAAGUAGGAGGUGGUGCUGCCGAGGCGACGAAGUCUGCCAACAGUAUUAGUAAUCAAAGUAAUUCAUUGGCAUCGCCACCAGCCUCACCUGCUGCUAAUGGACAUUGUAGUUCUGUUGGUUCCAGAGGAGAUUCUGCAGACCAAAAUAUGAUGGGAACUUUGAAGAACAUUGGGCAGUCUAUGCUUGACCAUAUUCAGGUGAUUGAAUCUGUUUUCCAGCAGGAUCGGGGCCAGGGAGCUUCAUCGGAUAAUUUAUCUAAGAAUGUUCUUGUUGGAAAAGGGCAGAUUACUGCCAUGACAGCUCUCAAGGAGCUUCGGAAAAUCAGCAAUCUUUUGUCUGAGAUGUGAGAUGAGAGAUGAAUCUUGUUUAGACAUGUAUAUACAUUUUUGUAAUUACAAUUCUUUUGCCUAAUAAAGAAAUGUGUCCCUUUUCUGCA